GUUGCUUAAAUUCUUAGUGUAGUCUGUGUAUUAACGAGAAUCAGUCCUGAUCUGAAGAUGUCUGUGAACGAACAAGACAAAAUUGAACAUCCUCCAAAAAGGCACUUGCUCUUCUUGGCAAAAGAGAAAGCAGUGCAUGACAUACAAGUGGAGAUGACCAGUUCAAAGAUUAUGAAGCUGGACAGGGCCAUGGCAGCAGAGAGACGACAAAUAAAAUGCCUUGAAAAAAAGAUUGCGACAACAGAGUAUGUAACCGAAGAGUACCUCCAGAGGACUGAAAAAAAAGCUGCAGAUGCAGAAGCAUUUUAUGAAAAACAGCAGGCAUUAAAACAGGAGAAGAAUGCUGUCAUUAAGACGUUACAAGAUGAAAUAGAGGCCAUAAAAAAUAAAUAUGCCAACGAUAAGGAGACAUUGGAAAAAUAUAAAAGAUACAAAAGCCUUAUGUGCAAGGUGAUGACUUCAGAGUGGGUGAAUGCCCAGGCAGAAAAGAUGAAAAAACUGGGCACAAAUUCUAAAACGACUGGUGACAGCUCAGAAUCUGAGAAGCAAGAGAAACCACAAAUUGAAUCUGAAAAUGUAUUUGAUAUAGUGGCGCAUCUGAGCGAGCAGAACAUGUCCCUGAUUGAUAGGGCCAACAAGGAAAGUGUCGCAUUUGCCCAUGUCCAGCGUGACUAUGACAACACAUGGAAGAAAAUAAAAGAGAUAGAUGACAAACAAACAUUGCAGAUAAAUGAGUGCAGUGAGGAACUUGAAAAACUAAAGAAGAGAGCCUUCUAUCUCAAUAGGAUGAUUUUAAUCCAUGAGUCUUUAAAAACAGCAAACGAGGAUGCUAUGUUGCAUGCGCUUGGCUUGAAGGUGAUAAAAGUGUAUUGCAGAGUAGUGAAUGGGCGACCGAACUGCCUCACCACCCUGGAGAUGCUGUGUAGCAUUGAACACCAAGUUUCAUUACUGCUCGACCUAAUUGAGCAACUCCCUGAAGAAAUCUGGGAAAAAAUGAAGAAGAUCAAGCAGAAUAGGAAGAGGCAGAUGAUCCAUGAGAAAAAGCUGAGACUAGAGAUGGAGAGAGAGAAUGAAAAGCGGAGGAAGUGCGAUCAAAGAAUUGUGGGUAAAAAAAAGAAAACAGGUACAAGAAAACUGAGACCCAAAUGUUUCUCUGGCUGGAAGGACACAGACGACGACGAUGAGGACUUCAAGUUACUAGAUGGGCUUAUUUGGGACAUGAAGGAAACCAAAGAGAAGCCAGGCGGUGCCACUCUAGAACUAUGGGAGGAGUGGGGAUUUGGCGAGGAAAUGGCUCCAAGAGAUGUCGAACUGGUAAAGCAGUGGGAAAAGGAGAAGAGUAAUGCAAGUGCACAUGGACAGAAGAAGAUGGAAGAGAGACAGCAGAAGAACCUGGCAAUUAGGUCUGAAGACAAAGGCAGGGACCAGCACAAUUUGAAGCUGACCCGUUCAACUGGAGGUCCCGCUUUUAGUGUGGACGGGUUCAGUCAUCUCUAUGCUGUCCCCCCCGAUCCUCCAAUGAAAAUUUCCUGGCCUAAACCUUUGAAAAUUAUAAAAAAUACUAAAAAACCUCAGGCCAAAUGUGAAGAGACCAGAGGCAUCCAUUGGCAAUGUACCUGCCGCCCCUCUGCACCUGUCGUCUCCAAGAAGAGUGCUGCAAUAACUAAGCCUGUCUGUGUCCAUGGACAGAAGAAACAAAAGAAGGAGCAGAAGAACCUGCCAAUCAGGUCUGAAGACACAGACACGGACCAGCACAAUCUGGGGCCGACCUGCCUGCCACCCAUAAUCGAAACAGGUAAAGCUGCAGAGGAUUCAACUGGAGGUCCCACUUUUGAAUUGGACGGAUUCAGUGAUGUCAGUUCUGCUACCAGCAAGCCACUGCAGAAAAUUUCCUGGGCUAAACCUCUGACUAUUGAACAGCAGCCGAAUCAUGAAGAACUGGAGCCCAAACGUGAAGAGACCAGAAGCAACGAGCCCCAACAUACCUGCCACCCCUCUGCCAAUCAGGUCUGAAGACACAGACAGGGACCAGCACAAUAUGGGGCCGACCCGCCUGCCACCCAUUAUCAAAAAGGGUAAAGCUGUAGAGGAUUCAACUGGAGGUUCUACAUCUGUCUGUAAGCCCCAGCAGCCCUUUGCAGCGCCUUCAAACACUUGUCUCCCGCCCAUUUGAAAUGCUGUUAAGCAGAAGUCCAAAAACUAAUGAUCUGGACAAGCCUAAUAUCCUUAAUUCUUACCCUUUCUUUACCUUAUUUCCCUUCUUUCCCUUCCCGCCCUCUCUCUCCCUCCCUCCCUCUCUCUCUCUCUCUCUCCUUCCCUCUC